AUGCUGGUGCCACUAGCAUUGCUUUUUACAUUCAUCUUGAGGAUUCAGAUCCAAGCGGAGAACUCUGACAUUACCGGAAUCGACAAUGGAAAUGAUGUAAUUUCUUUACAACAUCAACCAGAGCGAUCCGUUUUGCCAAUAAUCGUACCUGAAGAAAAGGGGUUGCAACCUCAUGGAGUAGUGCGGUAUCAACAUCUCAUCAACAAUUCACCAAACAGUAACUAUUUUGUAUACUAUACAGACGAUAUUGUUGAUCACCAAGGUCCGCAAUACGUACAGGGAUAUAGUAUCCAAAACAAUGAUGCUCUGUCAGGAUCGGUUGCAUACAGUUCGAAUUCAGUUCCUAUUCAACUAGUUACGCUAGUUCAGCCGGUAUUAGGAAAACAGAAAAUUCUGAACGUUUCUGAAAAUACAUAUAUCGACGAUUCUGGCAUCAAGAAAUUAGUAUCAAGUACACAGAAUUUAGUAAGCAAUGAAGAUGUGGUGGAUAUCAAUAACGCUCAAGAGGGUGUCACAGAACUUGCGCAAAAAGUUCCAGAACUAUAUAACAAAACAGUAGAUAGUGUUCCAAGUGAAAGUCAGCACACGGAAAAAAAGGAAAGUUUCGAUCAGCCAAUCAUAGUGAGUGACAGCGAUGGAGCAGAGUCGAGUGAUAUCCUGAGCCGUCAACUCAACAACAGAUCGUAUGGAAAGCAAAUCAAUGUAGAAAUUAUUGGUGAAUCAGAAGAUCACAACAAUGGCCAAUAUUUGAAAGAAACCACAAUUUUAGCAAGCAAAUCGACCGUACCAUGUGAUGACAGCAAUAAGGAGGAGGGAAUUCUCAUUACCAAACAGGAAGUUACCACAAUAAAUCCAGUAACAGUUACAAGACUACGUGGGUCAACUGCGACGCAUUUGCGGCGUACACAAACAACUGAAACACCCAAAGUACUUGUGUCAACGACACUAAAAAACACUCCCACCACUGUUACUGUUGUGCCAAAACCGGUGUCUUCCAGAUAUUUGGCCCCAAUUCAGGCUGGCUUACGUUUGUCUAACGCAGAUAAAUCCCACUCAGCUGACGAUUGCCUAGAUGGUGAUACGAAGUUGAAGGAGCAAACUGUCGUUGAAGUACAAAAAAGUGUAAAUAUAAAGAAUAUAUUAAUAAACCAAGAGACUCCAAAUGUACAUCAGUUUGGUACAAGAGCCAAAAUUAUAAAGCAACCAGUGUACGUAGAGAAGCCAAUCGAACGUAUUGUGAAACAACCGAUUUAUAUUGAAAAACCAAUCGAAAAGAUAGUAAAACAACCCGUAUUUGUAGAGAAAAAAGUGCAACAGAUCGUAAAACAACCAGUGUACAUCGAAAAACCUGUAGCUGUACCGGUAGACAGAAUCGUGGAGAAGCCUAUCUAUCAUACACGGUACGUAGAUCGGCCAAUCCCAAUCGGUCAUCAAGUACAUGUACCAGUGGAAAAGAUAGUAGAAAAACCAAUACUGGUAGAGAAAAUAGUGGCACAGCAAGUAAAUGUCCCUUACCCAGUAACACACGUCGUAGACCGGCCGGUACCAGUAGAGAAAAUUGUAGAAAAGCCUGUAACUGUAGAGGUGGCGCAUUAUGUUGAUCGUCCUUAUCCUGUAGAGAAGGUUGUUGACCGUCCAAUUCCAGUGGAAGUUCCGGUAGAAAAGAUUGUUGAAAAGAUUGUCGAUCGUCCAGUGGCAGUAGAACGUGUUGUCGAAAAACACGUACAGGUUCCUGUGCCGGUGGCAGUUGAAAAGGUCAUAGAAAAGAUUGUCGAUCGUCCUGUGCCUUAUCCGGUGGAGAAAAUUAUUGAUCGUCCUUAUCCAGUCGAAAAGAUAGUGGAGAAGAUAGUUGAUCGACCUUAUCCAGUGCAAGUACCCAUACAAGUUCCAGUACACUAUCCGGUUGAGGUUCCUGUUGGUAUACCAAUACCAUAUCCUGUAGAAAAAUACAUAACGCUACCGAUUCAUGAGCAUAAACCAACACUUUCUAUUAUAAAAACGAUUCAUCAUGAACAUUUCGACAUUGGCAAAUUUCUGGCACAAAAGAAGAAACAUUUCGUAGAUAAUAUUUUUCCAAAGUCUCAUCAUCCUUCAAAAGUCAUUGUAGAAUCACCGGGAAAGUAUGUUUUUCAGCCUAACCUUCGGUAUCCCAAAAAUGAUUUGCACUAUGGAGCGUCUGCACCGAUUCCGGUCAUAGAUGAUGGAAAUCAUUUGAAUGCACAAGCACAUUUUUUCCACGAAAAAUCAAACCCUACCUUGGGAAUAGUUUUUAAUGGAGAUGCUUAUGCAGGAAACUUUGGUUACAUUCACCACGAACCAAUUGUGAAGGAUGACUAUGUAGGGCCUACCCCACUGCUAGAUGAUCACUGGGCAGCUAAGAGUGAUGUUAAAUUCCGGCGAAGCCCUAGCUAUGGCAAGAGUCUACGCAUAGAAUAUGGAGGAUUUAAGCCUCCAUUAGUGCCAUCUGUAGAAAUAGACGAACAUGGUAUUCCCCUACCUAAAGCGAACUGCUAG